GAUUGGCCGUUUCAAACUUCAGGCAGAGAAAGUGAAAUUCAUGCUGAAUAACACCCCAUCCAAGAAAAAGGGCUCCUCUCAACUCUUCCGAUCAUUUCUGGACAAAGGUAUCAUCUCCUACACUGAAUACCUGUUCCUGUUGUGCAUACUGACAAAACCCAAGGCAGGAUAUGAGGUGGCAUUCAAGAUGUUUGAUCGGGAUGGAAACAACAAAAUAGACCGCCGAGAAUUUCUUCUGAUGGAGGAGAUAUUCCGCAAAAAGACAGAGAGUGAAAAGGGCAACGAUUUUGUGAGUUUACUAACCAAAUCCCGCGAACCACUUGAAUCCGGUUCUGGUGAGAGUAGCUCGAGUGGGUCGUCAAGCAAACUGGAUCUCCAGGUUCAGGAGACAACAUUGCUGCGAUAUUUCUUUGGUGCCAAGGGUACGGACACACUGAAUUACGCAACAUUCUGCACGUUCAUGGACAACUUACAGGCAGAGGUUCUGGAACUUGAGUUCUAUGAGUUCUCGAAGGGAAUGCCCACCAUCUCGGAGUCGGAGUUCGCCCACAUCCUGCUGCGGUACACCAACAUGGAUGAAGACAAGAUGAAGGAGUUUAUACACACUGUGAGGAAGAGGAUGCCCGAGGAAAAGGGCAUCAACUUUGUGAACUUCAAGGAUUUCUUCCAGUUCCUGAACAACCUGGACGACUUUGAGAUUGUGCUGAAAAUGUUCACCUUUGCUGAUCAGCCCAUGAAUGAAGCUGAGUUCGGCCGUGCUGUUCAGGUGGCAACAGGUCACAUACUGGAUCCCCAUGUGGUGCACACUGUUUUCCAGAUAUUUGACAAAGAUGGGGAUGGGAAGCUUAGCCAGAAAGAAUUCUUGGGAGUGAUGAAGAAUAGAAUACAUCGUGGCUUCAGGGAACAUCUGCAGAAGCCCGUGGGUUGGCAAGGGUUCAAGGCGUGUGUCAAGCGAGAACUGAAACAGAAAUAAACUCAAAUGAAUAUUUGUACGAUAAACUUACUCAUGUUUUCUUUUCAAAGCUUCUGUACACAUUAGAAUCCAUCUCAAAUUUCAAGUGUAUUUGCUUAUUUGCAUGUACACAACAUCAGUUGUCUUGAAAUGUUAAGUUAUCUAAAUGCUAUAUAUGAAAUAGAUUUCAAGAUUGAAAAAUAAUCUUCAUAGCUUUAACCUACACCAUUCAAAAGUCAAAGACAGCAGGUUUCUGUAGUUUAUGAUGAGAGAUUUAAAGUGUAUAAUCUUCACUCACUACCAAUGGAGUACACUUUUUUGUAGUUUCAAGCAGGUUUAGAAAUAUGUCAAGACCUUGUUAAUCAGUUAAUUAUAUUCAGGUUUUCACUUUCACCUGAUUCACUUUUGUCUUUAUUCAGUUUUUUUUCCAUUGAAUUUAAGUAAUGAUGGUAAAACUCGGGAUCUCCUUUUUAAGCAUAAAUUCAUUUAUUUGUAAUGUUUUUGUAAGAAAGGGUAUCCUACAUAUCAUGAGGCAUUUUUGAAAUGAGCCAGAUGUUCCACUCGCGUACCCUUUGUGUGCCUAUUGGAACAUGAUAGGUAAAGGAGGAAAGGACCAGACGUGGCUUGUGCUUAUUACACCUUGCAAGUACAGUGGGGCUCUUUAGUACAAACUCUGUUACAACAAAAUUGUGGUAAUAGCGAAAAUAAAGCCUCGGUCACGACAUUGCAUUGAUAUGUAGCAAAAAUUCAUAUUUAGCAAACUUUUUUUGUUUGAUAAACUGACUUGGUUUUCACAGCAGAUAGUUUUUGAUAUUCACCUUAAUUAUUUUGCGCUCUAAUCUCUGCUCGCUCUAUAGGACCAGUACAUUGGAUGAAGGGGGGGGGGGGGAUGUAGGCCAUGCCCCCACGACUUUUUGUUGUUUCCAAUUGGAGGAGUGAAGACACUUUUGGUCUUAAAUUUUUAGGAAAUAAAUUGAAACGUUGCGUGUCUCCCUCGCAAGCCAUCAGCUACACAUACCUUUUAGUUUUAAUAUUACAAUGUAGAAAUAGCGCACGAUACUAUAUAUAUAUAUUGAAAAACAAAAUACUCGCACCCAUGGACUUGCCCCCCCCCCCCCCACACACACACACACAAAUUUGGUUCUGGAUGCGCCCCUGGACAAGUAUUUCAUGUCGUAUCUUAUCACAUUGUAAAUUAUUAUAGAAAGUUUAUUUCUCUAAACAAUACAGGUGCAUAUUUCAAAAGCAUCGUAUUGGAGCCAUUUAUUUAAAGAUCAUAUCAUUCAAAUACAUUUUGUGACUGAUUAUCUAUGUUGCUUGUGCAGCGCCACUUUUCUUUAUAUUGCGGCGGGUUUAAAUUAAUUUCUAUCAACUUAUUUGGUCCAACAAAAUUAAUAUUUCCUUCAACUGGUGACUUGGUAAUAAUUAAGUAAUAACUAAAUACUGUUAUUAAGGAACUAGACAAACUUUGUCUAUAAACUCUAUCUAUGUUGCUUGUUCGAAGCUACUUUUUCUUAUAGUUGUGUCAGGUUUUAAUUAAUUUCUAUCAAGUUAUUUGGUCCAACAAAAUGCAUCCUUGAACUGUUUACGUGUACAUUUAAAAUUGAAUGUAAACUAACAACAUAAUACUGUGUGAUUAAGGAACUAGACAAACUUUACAUGUAUAUUUAUUUGAGGUUUAUGUAUGUGGUACGAUAAUGAUAGUCAUAUUUAUUUCAUUUCAAAAAUGAUAUAAUAAAUCAAAACCAUGUACUCUAUAA